AUGGCACCCAGCGUAUCCUUCAUAUUCAACCCAAACACGCAUGCGCAGUCGGUGUGGGAAAAGCUCAGGCCGCACGCAGAAAAGAGGCUAGCCGGCAUAAAAUGGGUGGCCAAGCCAACCAAGCGUGCCGGCCACGCCCGCGAACUGGCCUACGCCAGCAUCUUCAGCGACCACUGCACAGUGGUGGUAGCUAUUGGCGGCGACGGCCUCUUGCACGAAGUGGUCAACGGAUACAUGGACGCCCACGGCAAGCAGUCCGGUGCCGCCAUUGCAGUGAUCCCUGCCGGCACCGGCAACGACUUCGUCCGGUCCUUUCCGAAGCCGCCUGCGGUGCCGGCGCCCGGCGAUAUCCUGGAUCUGAUCUUGAAUGACCAGCGUGCGACAGUCGAUAUUGGCAAGUAUAGCUGCACGAGCUCGGCGAGCGUCAGAAGCUCAACUGGUACCAGCGGUUAUUUUGUCAAUGCGGCAUCGGUCGGGCUGGGCGGGCAUACCGCGAUGAUGCUGGCGCAGGCGCGGUGGAAGAAAUACGUGCCCGGAUCCAUUGCAUACCUGGCUCAGGCCGUCAAGACGUAUUUUGUCGAUUAUCGGGCUCCACUGGUCAGGUACUCGUUCUGUCUGAAGGAUGGUGGCGGGGCAUCGCCUGAUGUCACAGCCAAGCUGUUGAUUAGCGUCGUAGCCAACGGAAGAGUAUUUGCCGGAAACAUUGGCAUUGACGCAGCUGCGCGUCUCGAUGAUGGGCUGCUAAGCUUUGUGUGCAUAAAGAACGCCAGUCUGGCACAGGUCCUGGCCAAGGUUGUGCCGGCUGCGCUGCUAUCGACGCUAUCAAGUGUCCCACCAGCUCUGGGUGAUAUAGCGAAAAAUGCAGUCAGCGUACACAUGGAGGCAGUCGACGAAGACACAGUAAUUAUUAUUGAGACGGACGGCGAGAUUGCCGGCGUGCUGCCCGCAGACUUUGAGGUAGUGCCGCGGUGUCUCGACAUAAUUGCACUUGAGUUAUAG